CCGGUAAUUCAUUAGUAAACAAAAAUCACAUAAAACUUUUUUUUCCUGCUAUCAUGGACAGCUAUUUGGGGUUGCAAACCAACUCUAGUCUUUACGGACCAACUCGACUGAGCGCGAAGACUGAUGUCAAAGAUUUGUUGCUUCGUGAUAAUGUUUUACAGCCAGGCGAAUGGGACUUCAAUUCGCAGCGUCGAAUCCCAUGGUCUACCACUUGUUCCAACAGCUUUAAGAAACCUCAUCCAAUCUUGUACGACCCUCAAAGAAGUGCAAAAGCUUUGUCAGGACAGAGGUAUUUGACAAGCAUGGUUUUCGGAAACGCUGACAAUCUUCGAGUUGGUACAACCUUGAAAGACUUUGAUCGAAAAUGGAUGAAAACUCCUGCGAAAGCUCGACCGGACUUGGGAACAAGUAUUCCUGAUUUAGCAUCAAAAUUCAUGUCUGACAAAAGGUUUGGUUGUGAUGGGUCUAUUUACKCCAACACAUACAAUGACGUAAAGAAAGUAGACGCAUCCGAAAACGCCGGUGAAAGAAAACAGCUUACAAAAGAUUUAAGGACAACACAUUUCCAUCUGGGAUCGACCAAAAAUAAUUACGGUACAGAAACGAAUCAUCGUUAUCGCCCAUCAGAAUCACGAGAAACUACCCAUGGUCCAUCGCUCGCGACUCUAGCCCUACAAGAGACCUAUCAGUCGAAUGUCUUUAGGAAUGGAGACUGGAAUGUCACGGGACAUCCUAGUGUGCGUUACUCUGUCACGCGUAACGACUUCCAUGUCAAACCUUUCAUCGCAGAGGCUAAAAGUAAUGAGCASAGCUCAUUGAAAGAUCGUUUGUACAAAGCAAUGGCUCAGAAGURYACCAGUCAAGGUGUACCAGUGUCGAAUGGAAUUCUACAAGCCUUUACACAAUACGACGUUACAAAGUCGGGGUAUCUUYCAAGAGACCAAGUAAAAGCUGCUAUUUGCCAGUUUACAACAUUAAUUGAUGACGAAAUGGAUUGCUUAAUUGACGARAGUGGCGCACUGUCUGAUGGGAAAAUUGAUGUAGCAGCAUUCGUUAAUUACCUUGAAAGCUCGCCUAAAACCAAACUGGAAACGACGACCGAGAAACAAGGACAGAGUAUCACUGGAGAAAGCUACACCGGGACUCAUUUCAUGAAGCUAAGUUAUCCUGACACAAGUAGUGGAAAACCAAAAGAUAACCCUAACCAUCCCUACUACCACAUCAGUACUCAUUUCCAGCUUGGUGACCACAGUGAAGACGUAAGAUCYCUCUAUUACAAAGAUUACAUGAUGGGUAAGAAAGAACCACGAUCUAAACCCUUCCCGGCAUUACCUCCGAUGUCCUCUCAGGUUCUWCCAGAACCAGAUGAGAGAGACAUUCUCAAGUCUACAAAACAAGCUGACUUUAACGAUCCUACCGAAAAAGGGAAAGCGCUGGCUCAGGAAAGAGAUCAGGAAUCAAGAAAAAAUCAGAAUCGGCUUUCCAAGCAAUCGAUUGAAAUAUCGUCAGAUCCAAAGAUAGCGCAAUCCUUCAGACAAACAUCAGUAUCUGGCGCAGAUUACCCCUCACCUCCAUCAGAAUUCCAUCCACUUGCUCCAAGGCGUGCUCCACAGAGUCGCUAUCGUUUCCUGGAUACGAAUGGAGCCCUGCCUGGACCCCCCGCAGAUCCUUACCUCUCUGAACAACACGAAAAGUUCAUUGCGUUAAACAAYACUGGUUAUAGGGGAAAUAAAGUUGAAUGUUUGGACCGUAUUGGAGACAACCGAAGCUCGCAUUUUGGUUUUGGAUUAGACAGGAAGCCCAAGGGAACAGAACAGCAUCACGAGUUCUCAAAGAAACCUCCGCUAGAUCCCAGUCUCCCUGCAGCAGGCAAAGUACAAACAUCGGAACAAAACUACUCCCAUGUUUUUCCAAGUGAAUCAUCUGAGAAAGUCCAGUCUMAUCAACCCGAAUCCACCCUGAAUAACGUGACACUACUGCAAGAACGACUCAAGGAAAUGAACCGUAUGAAACACGGUAUCCCAAGAGAUCCCAACACGUCAGACGUACGCAGAGCUUUCCUCGAAUUCGACCCUAACAUGACUGGUCGAGUAUYGAARCAAGACGUGCAAAAGGUUUGCAAUAGUCUCAACCUGGACAUCCCUGAUAGUACGCUUGAUAUGCUAUUCGAUAGGUGCGAACAAGACAAACAAGGAAACAUAGACUAUUACCAAUUUAUAAAACAUUUCAACCAUCAACUCGCUAUGACGAAAGGACGCAAACCAUCCAUGGCCUCGGUUAUGAAGACAGACUACUGUCCACCRGUUCAACGAAAAUUCACUCCAGCACAACAACGGACUAUUGACCUCGCUAAACAAAUGCCAACAAUGGCAUCUCAUUAUUUCCACUACGAUCCCUCUCAAGAGAAGACACCUCGUACGAUCACAAGGCAUGAUUUUUCCAGACCGGAUCGACUUCCUGAGAGGAAGGGAGUGGUAGUCGUAUAGCGUCAGGUAGAGUUUCCUGACUUGCCCGAAGAACAACCCGAGUUCAGACGACAAUACAAAUGAUGGUACAACGUUAAACAUCACAAGAGCAUGGAACUUAUCAUGACCGAUAUUUACAAAUCAAAAUAUCAACGAUGGAAAAUUUUCAACUUAUGAAGGAUGUAAAAGAAGAAUGUUGUACAUGAACGUCGACUAAAAUAAAUCAAUAAUAAUCCUU